UAUAAUAUGAAGAAAAUGCAACCUUAAUACUGUAUUCAUUAAAUAACAAAUUUGUGUAACGGUCAGAAAGCCAGUCGGAAGGUAACGGUCAUCUCAGCUCCCUCCAUACGACCAUAACAUACAACGUUGCCACUCACGUGAUUCGCCUCUCUCUCUCUCUCUCUCUCUCCAACAUUUCCCUGAUAUAUAACAAUAUUACUCUGUAAUCUGCACAAAAUAACGAAGUUUUGAUCUGUAAAGUUUCAACAAUGGAGGUUGCUGUAAUCGACUGGAAGAACUUAGAUUCCAGGUUUGUGAAAGACGAUCUCUUCGAAAACUUCAAUGCUCCUCAAUGGGUCGAUUUCUCCGCCCCCGACGACGCCGCCGCCGUCGACGACGAAGCUUGGUUCUGCCGCCCCGAUUGCAAUCACCCGAAGACAGUAGAAGACUUUUACAAUGCAGCAGUAACGCCUACCUUAGAGCAUCGAAGAACAGCCAGUGUUUCUGAGAUUCCUCCACUCAGGGAGAGAAAUAGAAGUUUCAGGGAUGCCAGCUUGAAAAAUAAAGGGCAAGUUCUUCAACCUGUAAUGUCAUUGAACAAAGAUGCGAAAUCUAAUAGGAUGGUUGUGGUUGGGGAUAGUGAGAAUCAGAACCCUAACUUCAUGACCCCUCCUCCUCGGUUAAAAGCUAAGGUCCUCAAAGAGGCAAUCAAAUCGAGCAUGGAGAGGGAGGCGGUGGAAGAGAACUCCUUGUAUAGGGAACAAACACGGCGGUUGAGGAGUACCCUAUCUGCAAGAAAUCUGUUUGGCGGUGGUGGUUUGAUGAACAAGGUCUCGGAGUUUUGCAACGAGUUGAAGAAAUUGGCUUCGAGGGCUAGGGAGAAAGAGAGAGCUGAGAACGAGAAUGUGGAAAGGACUCCUACAAUGGUGAAUAAACAGAAGGUUAAACCACAUUUUGGUGAUGAAAUAGAAGGCUUGGAUGAGAAACAAAAGGAGAGGAAACCAUUGCUCGAGUUGAGCAAAGAGAAGCAGACAAAGAAGCUAAGAAAGGCCGAUGCAGAAAACACCCCAAUCAGAGUAGACGUGAAGAACAUCAAACGCAAUUUAGACGAGAGCUUGAUGCAGAUCCGGACUUCUCCUCCAACUCCUCAAUGUUUUUCAGCUACCAAGGGCAGCACUCCUCAUAACGCUCCUCGUUCUAAACCCCAAGAAAGAGGAAUCCUGCAAGAGCUUAGACAAGGUAGCAGCAAAGAUGGAUCUGGGAAGAAGAGCAACAACCAUGGAGGACAUGUUUCUUCUAUGCUCACAGAAAGGGAAGGCAGAGGCCUAGAUGUCCUCUGGUUCUUAAAGCCAUGCACACUCUCAAGCUAAAAUGUGUUAAUAAUAUUAUCUAUUCUUUUCAUUCUUUCAUUCUUUUCUGUAUUAAAAAUACCCAAUUCUUGUUUUAUACAACUGUUACUAAAAUUGUCGGCAA